GGAACACCGAGCACAUAUGGCCCGACGCAUUGCGCUCAUUCAUGGUUUGCGCCAUUCGCCACCGCCCAUCGAAGGUGCAUUCCUCAAGUUAUGGCCUCAAGCGAAGGUCGUCAACCUUCUGGACGACUCGCUAGCCUCAGACCUAGUCGCAGCGCAAGCUGGCACAACCGAUGCGAGAUUACUCGAUCCAUCCAUUCUCGAUCGCUUCCUUGCUCUUGGACGCUAUGCUGUGUCCACCGGAGCUGAUGGAGUUCUCUUCACGUGCUCCGCGUUCGGAGUGUACAUUGAUGCCGUCCGCGCGGACCUGCCUCCCCAUCUUCCUGUGCUUAAGCCAAACGAAGCGAUGUUGCAUGACCUCGCCAAAUUGCAGACCGGAGUUGCCCUCGUUGCCACGUUUGCCCCCACCUUGUCCUCCAUGAUGAAAGAAAUCGAAAGCAUUGCGCCACACGCUCGCGUCGUUCCCGUGCAUGUACCUGGCGCCCUGGACGCACUCGACCGCGGCGACGGCAUCCAACACGACACUCUCAUCUUGGCCGAGGUACAAAAACUCCUUGCUCAGCGGCCAGACGUUCGAGGAGUCGCGCUCGCUCAGUUCUCCAUGGAACGCGCACAGCCUCUGCUUGAGAAAACCCUCGGCGGUGUCACCGUACUGACUACACCCUCUGCCGCUGUGCGGGAGAUGCGUGCCCGAUUACCUUAGGUUCACGUCUCAGGGACAACGCCUUGGCAAUAGCAUUGGCCUUGACGAGUGAUACGUUUUGAAUUGAUUGCUGCGGCAAGAUGUGGGUGAAUUCACCUGAAGAAGAGCUGGUCGAGCGACG